AUGACUGACCUCUCCUAUGAUGAUAUUCUCAACAACAUCGACGAUGAGAACAACUACUACUAUGUAGACGGACACGAUCUCUCCUCCCCCUCGCUGGAGGAUUGGGCCGACUCGCCCGAAAUCGAGAAAUUUGACAUUAGCAGCCUCAAUAUUUCUUCCAGCUCCGAUUCAUCGUGGACUGAUCCACUUGAAUCAGCGAUCACUGCGACACGCAAUGGCUCUGCACCGGUUCUCAGCACCCUUUCUCACUUUACCACCAUCCUCUCUCAAACGGGAAUCCACGGCCCCCGUCUUCUCAAAGCCGCAAAUCUAUCGGUUCGGGCCACUAAAAUCGGAGCGGGUGCUCAGUUCACAGUUUUUAAGGAUCCUGUUUUUGAAGGACAAGUUAUUAAACGCGUUAACAUACCUCUGUCAAGUAAAGCCGAACAGCGCUUCUCCACAAGUACAGACUAUCGCCUCCAACUCAAAACAUUAGGUCUAGAGGUUCUGGCGCUCUGCAACCCGAUUCUACGUACACAUCCAAAUAUCACCAGUCUCCUGGCCUGGGGCUUUGACUUCCCUUAUGUGGAUCUAGCUGUGCCUGUGUUGUUCGUGGAAGCAGCGAUCAUGCCACUGGGGGAUUUCCUCAGCGCUGAGGAAAGAACAGUGGAGGUCCGGUAUCAGCUUGCACUGGAUACAGCGAACGGCCUCGAAGCAUUGCACAAUCUCAAGAUUGUACAUGGGGAUAUCAAACCAGACAACGUGCUUGUCUUUUUGGGUCCGAAUGGGAAUGUGCCCUUCCAGGCUAAAUUGAGCGAUUUUGGUGUCUGUAUCGAUUUGGAGACGACUGAAGGCAAAUUAUCUCCCAGUGAUUAUCGUGGAACCCCAGCUUGGUUGGCACCGGAGGUUUCGAGUGGAGAUAUCUCCAGAUUCGGAGAAUUUUCAUCAGAAUUAAUGUUCAAGUUCGAUUCAUAUAGCUUUGGUUUGGUUUUAAUUUCUCUAUUCACUGGACGUGGUCAAGCUCCAACUCCCGACAAAAACCCCGACAAAGUGUCGGAUCAGGUCACUCAGUUGCUAAACAACCAAAAGGAUAUCCCAUCAUCUAUACGUAUGGAGCUCCGAAAGGCGAUCCACAGCCUACUUUCUGAAGAUCCAAGAAACCGUCCGUUUCUGAGUCCAACUUUGCUCAAAGCAGACUCCCCUAUAUACGCGUCUUGGCUUUCCUCGAUUCAAUCCAAUUCGACCACCACAUCUACAGGAAUCAUUGAUCCAAUUUAUAAUAAAGGCCCACUCUUCUGGUAUCGACUAGAUGGUAGUAUCCGCACAGAACUAGAAGAGCAACUCGUGCUCAGCAAGAAGGGCCAAGCUCCUCCGUUUCCCGGAGAUGUGCUCUUCGGAAUUGCGCAGACUAUAACUGGCCAGAAGCCUGCAUAUUUGGACCGAAUGUUGACAUAUUUGGACGAUGCAGCGAGAGCUGGGUACUCCCCUGCCAAGGCUGUUUAUGCACAAAUUAUGGAGGCACACGGUCGAAACUUGGAUCUUAGCGAAGAAUUUUUAGAGGAUUGGAUGCUGAAUGCGGUAUCAGAGGGAGCUCAUUUUGCAAGAGCGGGUCCACUGACGAAGAGGAUGAAGGAAGCUAAAGACCGUUUCAGGAACAAUGGAGGUUUCUGCUCCGAGCCAUUUACAAGAAAACGUGAUGUGAAAGCCACGACAAGCAGCAAAAAGAUCCUAGAAUGGAAUUUGACAAAGGGAAGUAUCAUUGACAGCAAAGAAAACACAUUACUUCAUGCAGCAGCAGCAUUCGGGUCCGUGGAUGCGAUCCAGGAGCUACUAAACGCCACACUGAUAGCAGUGGAUGUACAGAACAAAAAUGAGGAAACGCCUCUAUACACAGCAUUUCAGGCCGGCCAUACCAAUGUGAUUGAGCUUCUACUCGAUCGGGGUGCAAAUGCUGCCUGCCAAACGCGCCAGAAGGUUACCCCUUUGCAUUGGCUGUUUAUGCUUCCCAACGAUUCGAUCCAUCGAAUUGCCAAAAGGAUGGUCAAAGAGGGAGCAGAUUUGAAUACAGUAAUGGAGCCUGUUGUCAAGACAAAUAUGGGAGGAUUCCCAGAGAAGAUACAAAUACUUCACUUUCCAUUUGAACUUCCUCACGGCACGCCCCUUCACUGGGCAUGCUUUUUCCGUAACAUGACGGCCAUUGACGCUCUCAUUUCCCUUGGUGCCAACACCAACGCGUUUUAUCAUGGCUUAGACUCCUCCACAUCACCACUUGCCUUAGCGGCCUACUUGGGAGACCUCGAUAUCGCCAAACAUCUAAUAUACCACGGCGCAAACGGCACUUUGCUUGAUUCCGUGGGACGAAAUACACUACAUGGAAUCACGAAGUAUUUUCCCGAUCGACAUGGAUACUUGCCUCAUUGCUGGCAUUAUUGGAUUCGCCAUGGGACCUGGGAGAGGCAUCUGGCGGAGACAGUAGAUCUGGUGAAAGCCCUGAUUGCUGCUGGGGCGGAUAUUAACGCAAAGGAUAAGGGAUAUCCUUCUCUUACGCCUAUUGCUGCUGCGGCAGAUGCAGGGGUUUGGGAUGGGGGUAUGAUUUGUGCAUUGCUGGAGGCAGGAGCCGAUCUGAAAGAAUCAACAUUGGCUGGUGGGGAUACUAUUCUACAUUCAUGGGUUUCCAUUGUCGGGCCACGUCUGGAUUAUCCGGAAUCGUACUUGCCGACCUUGAAGAGAAUUGUGCAGGCAAUUCCAGACCUUGAUAUCCCCAACCGAUUCGAAGAGGAAACCCCACUCCAUUUACUGGCGACCAUCUAUCAUCCGGAAGAUGAGUUCGAGGCUGCGUGCGAGAUUCUACUUUCUCACUCUCCUCCCGCAAACAUUAACGCGAAAACCCGCCGAGGUGCCACGCCACUAUCUAUAGCUCUUGAAACAGAGCUUGAUCCCGUGCGGCGAAGUUGUUUCCUGUUAGGGAAAGGUGCUGACCCACUCGCUCUGAACGAUCGUGGACGGGAUAUUUUCUACUCCAUUGCCAAUAAUGCCAGUCUCACGGACCAAGUCAGCCAUGACCUUAUUCAGCAUUUCCUCCUGCAUCUGAAUCCCGACAUCCAAAGGGCUUAUGAGAUUCACUACCUUCCCAAUCCCAACAGUCACGAAACUCUCUGUGCUGCCUCUGACCGUGGCAAGCCACUGACUUUGAAUCUUCUUCUUUGCCUCGGCCUUUCACAAUCUAUUAACAAGCCUAGCAAAUCCAAAUCUCCACCGUGGCGCCCCCUAGACCACGCUCUACACUCGGCGGAAAUCAGUCGUCGUACACACAUUGAAAAACUGGCCUCCUACAAAGCUGGCGCAGCUCGUACUAAAGCUCUCGAGGAGAAUCGAGUAUAUGAUGAAAAUCAAGGCCCGGCAGAUCGGGCAGCAGAAGCAUACAGAUGCUUACCGGAGGUCAUACAGAUUUUAUGUGAAGCGGGUGCUAAGCGGACCUGUGAAUUAGAAGGAAAUUCAAAAGGUGAUUAUAUUGCGCAACCACGAGAGUGGGAUCAAAAUGAGAUUCAAAACUAUGGAUUCACACCAGAGUCACAACCGAAUGCUGAGAUGUGGAAAGGAUUAUAUGAAUUGGCCAAAUAUCCUUGGACCUGGCGAGGGGUACUCACAGGCGGAAUACGGUGGUGA